UUGAAUAAGAUAACUGUUUGCCCAUUCCAGCCCAAGUCUUACGAAUUUGGUUACUCAGUGAAAGACGCGAAAUCUGGGAACGAUUAUGACAGAAGGGAGUCUUCAGACGGUCAUGUGGUGAGAGGAGAGUAUAGGGUACAAUUGCCUGAUGGAAGAACGCAAAUUGUGACAUACCACGCGGAUUGGAAGACUGGCUUCCACGCGGACGUUAAAUACGAGGGCCAAGCAACAUAUCCAGAACAAACAAAUCAGGGUUACAACUACAAUGUACCAGAUUUUACCGGUUCUUUAACCGGUUUCCAUGGCAACCGUCAAUACCAACCGACCACUUCAUACGGACCCCCCGCUUACAACUAA